AUGUACAGGAAAUUCUCUCAGAUCAACAAAAUGAUGGAGCUUAUGCCCUACACCAUACAUCUCAUGGGUGUAGAGGACAAGAAAACAUUCCCAUUUUCUCAGGAGAAAGCAGUCAAAGCCUGGAGAUCUCUGGAAAAUCUGGACAGUCCUGGCAUUAAAGUAGAGUGCCCCAAAGCAAAAGACAGACCAGAACAGCAACAGAGCAUCAUCGUCAAUGUUGGGGGGAAAGUGUUUCAUAUCCCCAGACAGUGUGCCGCUAAAUAUCCUAAAACCCGGAUAGGCUCAUUGGCCCUCUGCAGGGACAGAGCAAAACUCCUCAAGCUUUGCGACGACUACUCUGUACGCAAGAACGAGUUCUUCUUUGACCGCGACCCUGCCUUCUUUCACCACAUCUUCCAUUUCUACACAAGUGGAGUGCUGUGGGUCAUACGGGAAAUGUGCCCCAUCAACUUUGAGGAGGAGAUCGCAUUCUGGGGCCUGAGCAUGAAAGACACUCAGCUCUGUUGCUUGAUGAUGUUUGAGGAGAGGGUUGACGAGGUGAAGGACAACCUGAAGGUGGACAGGGAGCUGAUGGCUGAGGUUGAGGUGAAGUAUGACAACGAGUGUUUCAAGGACAUGAUAUUUGGGAAUAUGCGUAAGACUCUGUGGAAUUUUGUGGAGGAUCCAUACUCUUCAACUCUGGCGAAGGCUUUUACUGUGCUCUCCAACCUUUUUGUGCUCUUCUCCAUUGUCGCAAUGACUCUAAACACUGUGGAGGAACUUCAAACAUACAGAAUUAACAACAGAACGCACAUGGAAUGGGUGGAGAUCAUCACCAUUGUGUUCUUUGCCUUUGAAUAUUUAAUCCGCCUUUUCACCACUCCUAACAUCAUCAUGUUUUUGAAGAGUGGACUCAACUUUGUGGACAUGGUGGCAGUCAUGCCCUAUUUCAUCCAGCUCAUCUUUGAAGCCUUUACUGAUUCUGAUAACAUGAAUGCGCAGGAAGACCUUAGGACCAUGGCUCGGGUCAGCAAGCUCAGCCACGUCCUCAAAAUCGUCAAGCUGCUGCGGAUAUUUCGGAUUUUAAAGCUGGCCCGACACUCCACUGGCAUGAAAGCAUUUGGAUUCACUCUGCGGCAAUGUUACCAGCAGGCCAGUUGCAUUUUCCUUUUCAUUGCCAUGGGAAUCUUCACUUUCUCUGCUCUCCUUCAUUCAGCCGAGAGAGAAACUGAGGGAUCUCCUAUCAGCAGUAUCCCAUAUGCCUGGUGGUGGGCUGCAGUCAGCAUCUCCACUGUGGGCUACGGGGAUGUGGUUCCUGUAACUAUCCUGGGCCGCAUUGUGGCCUUUGGCUGCAUCUCAUUUGGAAUCAUCCUGAACGGCAUGCCGAUCUCUUUCCUCUUUAACAAUUUCUCUGAAUACUAUGCCAAGCUAAAAGCCCAGGAGUACAACACUGCCUUCGUGCAGCGGCGCUUUCUGCUUAAGAAGCGCCUCCGACACAAAAUAGAGGGAUGUUUUCAUCCCUCAGAGAAGGACAACAGUACAGAGAGCCACUGCGAGUGCCCACACACUGAGAGUGAAUCUUAAAAUUGUUGUGAUGGGAUGUUAAUUAAUUGAGUCUUCAGUGUUGAUAAACUUGAAACUGAGUCUUUGUGUGACAAUGUGUUAUUUAAAGAUAAGAGCGACAUGGUUAUGAUUGUGAGAAACAAGGCAGCAAAGUGGAAGUGGUUUCUACAAGUGCUGGGUUGCCACCCAUUCUUUGCAUUGUGUGAUCAACUUUAAAUUUAUUUUCAAACUGAUAGGUGA